ACGAUGGAGAGCAAUUUCUCCAUCUUUGUGAAUGAAUCGAAAGAGAAUGUCCGUGAGUCUCCUGUCUUCAAUGCUCUUCGGAUCUCCUCCUUGGUGGUGCUUGGGGUCACCUUUGUCCUUGGCAUAUUGGGCAAUGGCCUUGUCAUCUGGGUGGCUGGUUUCCGGAUGGCACGCACUGUCACCACCUUGUGUUACCUGAAUCUGGCUUUAGCUGACUUCUCAUUCACUUCCACUCUGCCAUUCCUCAUGGUCUCAAUGGCCAUGAAUGAUAACUGGCCAUUUGGCUGGUUCCUGUGCAAGUUCAUUAACAUCGUAGUGGACAUAAACCUGUUUGGAAGUGUCUUCCUCAUUGCGUUCAUUGCUCUGGACCGCAGUAUCUGUGUCCUGCAUCCAGUCUGGGCCCAGAAUCACCGCACAGUUAGUCUGGCUAGAAAAGUGAUUCUUGUACCCUGGAUCCUUGCACUAGUCCUUACGUCACAAAUUUUUAUCUUCAUGGGUAUAGUAAAUGACGGACGAGGGAAUACAUACUGUACUUUCAACUUUGCACCGUGGGGUGCCAACCAGACAGAGAGGACUGAGGCUGCUGUCACCAUAUUGACAGCCAGAGGGAUCAUCCGGUUUGUCAUUGGCUUCACUACGCCAAUGUCCAUUGUCGCUAUUUGCUAUGGGCUCAUAGCUGCCAAGAUCCGCAAACAAGGCACGAUAGAUACCAGCCGUCCCUUACGAGUCCUCACUGCUGUCGUGGUUUCGUUCUUCAUUUGUUGGUUCCCCUUUCAACUGAUUGCCCUUCUGAGAACAAUUUGGAUCAGAAAGCUGUUUGAGCGUAAGUACCCAAUUCUUGAUAUCUUGCUUAACCCAGUGAGAUCCCUGGCCUUCUUCAACAGCUGCCUCAACCCAAUGCUCUACGUCUUUGUUGGCCAAGACUUCCGAAAGAGACUGAUCCACUCUCUGCCUGCCAGUCUGGAGAGGGCCCUGACCGAGGACUCAGCCCCAUCCAGUGACACAACAACCAAACCUGUCUCGUCCUCUACAGAGGCUGAGCCACAGGCAAUGUGAGAGGCUGGGGGGCAUUUUUAAGCUUGCACAGUCCUACCCUCCUCCUCAGUGCAACUUCAACUUACCUGGGUCAUACUGAGCCACUAUUAUAAAAAAUAUUUUUGUGCCCCUUGAUUGGGGAAGAUGAAAUGGUCAUAGGGUACCACUGGAUCAUUUUUGGUUUUGGUACCUCAGCCUAUCCUGAGGAGAUUGUAGAUUGGAAAAGACACUAGGAAGAGAAGAGA